AUGACCGCCAGUAACUUUCAGAAGUAUCCUCUCUUUCAUCAUGGGUUCUCCCCCAAGCGUCGGCGUCUCACCGAUCCUUGGGAAGAGGUUGCGAGCGAAGAUAUCUGCAAGCCUGCCACUGAGCUGGAGAAGAAUAGCUGGAAUGGCUUCUGUGAGAUUGAAUCGGAGCCGGCAUUAUUUAAUGUGAUGCUCCGCGAGUUCGGCGUGAGAGGUGUCCAUGUCCAAGAAGUGAUGUCUCUAGAUGAAGAAGGCGUGGGCUAUCUGGAGAAACCUGUUUACGGCUUGAUAUUCCUGUUUCGCUGGCGGGAGGACGAUGCCGAGAAACAGGAGGCCAGUUGCCCGGACGGCAUCUGGUUUGCGAAUCAGACAGCUGGAAAUUCUUGUGCCAGUGUGGCACUGCUGAAUAUCGUCAACAACAUUCCUGGCAUCGACCUCGGGGAGAAUCUACGACGGUUUCGAGACUUCACCAUGCCCUUCACCCCGGCACUACGUGGCGAUGCCAUCAAUAACUUUGAGUUCGUCAAGCAUGUGCAUAACUCCUUUGCUCGAAAAAUGGAUAUAUUAAAUUCAGAUCUUCAGCUUCAAUCUGAGGCGACUUCCAAGAAGCGUUCCAAAAGCCAAGAUCCCAACGAGUUGGAAUCAGGUUUUCACUUUAUCGCGUUCAUGCCGGCGAUGGGUCAAGUGUGGAAGUUCGACGGUCUGGAGCGUCAACCUCAAGCACUCGGCGAAUGCUCCGAAGAUGACUGGCUGAAAUUGGCGAUGCCCAAUAUCAUCGACCGAAUGGCCGCGUACACCGAAGAUAGUAUUGAAUUUUCCAUUCUCGGUGUGGUUCGAGAUCCUCUAUCGGAUCUUGUUCAGCAAUUGGCAGUCAACGUGAGAAGCUUAAAGGUCAUCCAAGAUCGGCUCCUAGCCCAGGAGGGUAGCGCCCUGGAAAGAGAAGCGAGCCUCGCGGCCCUGAAUGAAACAGUCCUCGGCCCAGAAGCGUCUCUUGGGCUCACACAAGCAGAUAUUGAAGCGGCCAUCACCUCCGUGGGCAUACAAAUGUGCCAAGACUCGGAACAACUACGGCGGUAUCAGCAGGAGCUAAGCCAAGCCCAGGUUGGGCUUCGGGGGCGAAUUCAAGAACAGCAGCAAGCACAACGAGAGGACGAGGAUCAUGCGACGGGACGACGUUAUGACUAUGGCCCGGCGAUUCGGAAGUGGUUGCGCUUUCUAGCACGCAAGCAGCUGCUGGCGGAGCUAUUGCAAUAA